AUGGCUGAGAUGCCGGAGCCGUUGCACUGGUCGUCGCAAUUUGUCGUUGCCUCUCGACUCACGCCAAAACUUCCCGGAGAUAAGAUCACACUCCCCCAGUCGGCUCUUGAACAGCUCCUGGCCGCUGCGCCACUCAAGGAGGUGACCUCAGAUGGCCAUCUUCGUCCAUACACUUCUAUUUUUGACCCGUUAAACCCCUAUACAUUCACUGCCGAGUCUCGAGUACGCGAGCAGGUUGUAAGCCGUCAGCAUCAACUUCCCCAUCCUCUUACAUUCCGUGUCGUUAAUCCCCAGAAUGGUCGUGCCGUCUACGCUGGGAUCCGGGAGUUCUCCGCCGAGGAAAAUGAGAUCAGUCUCAGCGCUUUCCUGCGUACUGCUCUUGGGGCCGAGAAUGACCCUCCCUUGUCGCCGACUGAUGCAGUCGACCGAGUGAAAGGCGUUUCCGUCCCAUCGAUUGAGCCGCAGCCCCUUACUGUCACAGUUCAUGCGAAGCAGCUACCUAGAGGCACCUAUGUUCGCCUGCGCCCUCUUGAAGCCGGUUAUGAUGUCGAGGAUUGGAAGGCUUUGCUCGAACGUCACCUACGUGACAACUACACCACAUUAACUACCGGAGAAUCUUUAACAGUGUCAGGAGGUCAGGAUGAAUCUUUCAGGUUUUUGGUCGAUAAGGUGGAGCCUGAGGGCGAUGGUAUCUGUGUAGUGGAUACGGACCUGGAAGUUGACAUCGUGGCUUUGACUGAAGACCAAGCUAGGGAAACGCUGCAGCGACGAUUGGACAAGGCAUCUCGCCCACCGGGGACAAAUGCGGGAACCUCUAUUGGCGGGGCGCUGGGACUUGGAGAGUCGGUCUCUGGCCAGGUGAUCCCAGGUCAGUACGUGGACUAUGAGCUUCACAGUUGGGACUGUAAGAGUCCUAUUGAGCUAGUACUUGAGAUCGAAAGUACAGACCUUGCAGGUGUCUUUCUACUCGCCAGUCCUUUUUCUGCGCGGCAGAGGAAUCGACCUAGGGCGGAUGAGCAUGUCUUUGGCGACUUCUCCAGUAGCCCUCUGAAGCGAAUUAGUAUCCAGCCGACGAACGUGGAACUCGAUGGAGCAGAAGCUUUGUACAUAUCGGUGCAUGCCUUCGCCCACCAUCCGCAAGAUAUAGGGAUUGAUCAAUCAAGGCCACUGCAAUUUAAUUUGCAUCUGGCAGCAGAUUUGUCUGCUGAUGGUAAUGAGCUCUUAGAAGACGACGCUUCAGCGACACAUGACCCGGAAGAUGUCCGGUGUAAGAAUUGUCAUCAAUGGGUACCUCACCGGAGCUUGCUAUUGCAUGAGAACUUUUGUCUCCGAAAUAAUGUGUUUUGUGCUCAAUGCCGCAACGUGUUUCAGAAAACUUCGCCAGAAUGGCAGAACCAUUGGCAUUGUGCCCAUGACUCGUUGUAUGGUAGUGACUUGUUGAGCAAGCAAAGGCACGACACUAUCUUCCACGACCAAUAUAAAUGCCAUGCCUGUGGUUUCGAGACGGAUGGUCUUCCACGGCUUGCUCAGCACCGCACUACAGUCUGCCCAGGAAAACCAAUUUUAUGCCGGUUCUGUCACCUCGUAGUUCCUCAAAAGGGCGAAUCGGACCCCGAAAUGGAUAACCCGGAAGUUUUAGUCUCUGAGCUCACUCCUCAUGAACUGGUCGACGGCGGACGCACGACGGAAUGCCAUCUUUGCAACAAAUUUGUCCGACUGCGAGACAUGAAGACGCAUCUGCGUCAUCAUGACCUGGACCGUUUAUCUCAACCACCCCCUAGCACCUGUCUAAAUAAAAACUGUGGACGGACGAUUGAUAGACGUGCUGCACUAGUCUCGGGGAAUGAUACUUUGGGUCUUUGCAGCAUCUGUUUUGGACCCCUUUAUGUGGAUACAUAUGAUCCGGAAGGGAAAGCGCUCCGGCGUCGCAUUGAGCGACGAUACCUCUCCCAGAUGAUGACGGGGUGUGGGAAAUCCUAUUGCCAGAACGAGUAUUGCAAAAACGGGAGGCAGGCAAGACUCUCAUCCGAAUCUAAUAGGGGCACUGGCCCUAAUACCAUCACCCCCCCACCUUUGUCAACAAGCGCGGCAACUAUCUUGGCCACAGUACGACCCUUGAUUGAAGCCCUCAACCUACGGAGUGACCAGCCGAACACGGCACCUUUCUACUUUUGCACAGACCAGGUCGGCCAGCAACGUCGCAUAUUGGCGGAAAUAUUGGCGACAGAAGUAACUAUGACUGGCGGCGACAAGUCGUACGAUCUGCCUUGGUGUAUUGCUGCUGUUGAAGCCGCCGGGAGCGAUUUGAACAAGGCGCGAGAAUGGCUGGAGAACUGGGCACCAGCUCAGGGUGAGGAUGCUAGCUCAUUGAAAUGA